ACGGUGGCCACGGCAGGCUGGGCUGUGCAGGCUACGAGUAAAGAUCUAAUUAUCAUGGACCUGCGACAGUUUCUCAUGUGCCUGUCCCUGUGCACAGCCUUUGCCUUGAGCAAACCCACAGAAAAGAAGGACCGUGUGCACCAUGAGCCUCAGCUCAGCGACAAGGUUCAUGAUGAUGCUCAGAGUUUUGAUUAUGACCAUGAUGCCUUCUUGGGUGCUGAAGAAGCAAAGACCUUUGAUCAGCUGACACCAGAAGAGAGCAAGGAAAGGCUUGGAAAGAUUGUAAGUAAAAUAGAUGGCGACAAGGACGGGUUUGUCACUGUGGAUGAGCUCAAAGACUGGAUUAAAUUUGCACAAAAGCGCUGGAUUUACGAGGAUGUAGAGCGACAGUGGAAGGGGCAUGACCUCAAUGAGGACGGCCUCGUUUCCUGGGAGGAAUAUAAAAAUGCCACCUACGGCUACGUUUUAGAUGACCCAGACCCUGAUGAUGGAUUUAACUAUAAACAGAUGAUGGUUAGAGAUGAACGGAGGUUUAAAAUGGCAGACAAGGAUGGAGACCUCAUUGCCACAAAGGAGGAGUUCACAGCUUUCCUGCACCCUGAGGAGUAUGACUACAUGAAAGAUAUAGUAGUACAGGAAACAAUGGAGGAUAUAGAUAAGAAUGCCGAUGGUUUUAUUGAUCUAGAAGAGUAUAUUGGUGACAUGUACAGCCAUGAUGGAAAUGCUGAUGAGCCAGAGUGGGUAAAGACAGAGCGAGAGCAGUUUGUUGAGUUUCGAGAUAAAAACCGUGAUGGGAAGAUGGACAAGGAAGAGACCAAAGAUUGGAUCCUCCCCUCAGACUAUGAUCAUGCAGAGGCAGAAGCCAGGCACCUGGUCUAUGAAUCAGACCAAAACAAGGAUGGCAAGCUUACCAAGGAGGAGAUUGUUGACAAGUAUGAUUUAUUUGUUGGAAGCCAGGCCACAGAUUUCGGAGAGGCCCUAGUACGACAUGAUGAAUUCUGAGCUACAGAGAGAGGAACUCACAUUUCCUCAAAAGUAAUUUAUUUUUACAGCUUCUGGUUUCACACGAAAUUGUUUGCGCUACUGAGACUGUUAUUACAAACUUUUUAAGACAUGAAAAGGCGUAAGGAAAACCAUCCCGUCCCUAUUCCUCCUCCUCUGCGAGGGACUGGAGGGAAACCGUGCUUCUGAGGAACAACUCUAAUUAGUACACUUGUGUUUAUAGAUUUACACUUUGUAUUACGUAUAACAUGGUGUGUUUAUUUUUGUAUUUGUUCUCUGGUUGGGAGUAUGAUAUGAAGGAUCAAGAUUCUCAACUCACACUUGUAAGCAUACAUUAGCCCUUGACUCUUUCUCAACUCUUAUCAUAGAAUUUUUAUAAUUCUCACUUACCUAAUUUUUUAAGCCUGAGAUCAAUAAGAAUUGUUCAAGAGAAACAAAAGGGAAAAAAAAUACUCCAUAGUUCUACAAUUUAUAUUUAGAUAGGUGACACUUAAUCUUGCCCACUGAAAAGUCUGAUAUUUAUUUCACAAAUAGGAGGAGCCACGUAGUACAUCAGUUGCUCACAGAUCCAGUAGACUGAUCCCUGUGCUUUAAGAGAAUUUGGCCCAAAUUGAUUUCAUCCCCCAUUCCCCCAAUCUGUUUAAUUUUAUCAAGCACAGCUGUGGUGGGAAGGGUUAGGGCCAGUGUUUUGGAAAUCAAGUAGUGAAUGUGAUCUCUUUAUAGAGCUAUAGAUAGAAACAGCUAGAAAACUAAAGGAAAAAUACAAGUGUUUUUAGGGCAUACAUUGUUUUCUGGGUAGGGAUAUGACAUAAUUAUUUGCCUGUUAAAGUCCCUGUAAGUGCCCCAUCCUGCUCCUCUUCCUCGGGUGUGCCAAGGAUUUAAUCUUGGUUUCACUGUAAUUAAUAUUCACUCCUUUCCAAUCACAUCAUUGUAAGUGCCUUUAAUGAGAGAAAUGGUCACUGAAUGGGAAUUCUCUUAAGAAGCCCUAAGAUAAAAUAGAUUUGGACACCUUUUAUGAAAGAUUAGAACCUCCCAAUAUAGUGGGGAUUUUUUUUUCCUUCUCUUUUGGACAAUAGUUAAAUAGCAGUGUUAGUUACAAACUUGGUUGCAGUAUUCUUACCUUGUGGGCUGGUUUCCAAAAACCACAUGCUGCUGAAUAUACCAGGGAUCCUCAUACCUCAGAAUGCAAACCACUUACUACCAGGCCUCUUUUUGUGUCCGCUGGAGAGCUUGAGCUCACACUCAGAGAUGAGAGGACGUGCAGAGAGGGCUCUUUGGUUUGAGGACCAUUGCUCUCCCUUCCUGCCUUUGACCCCAUCCCCUCAUCUCCCUGCUGUCCCCCUCCCCCCAAGGCAGAUCAACAGGUUGCCAGUUCUCAUGAAAGGCAGGGAUGUUCUAGAAAGAGCUAAAGAAAGCAUCUUCUGUCCCCCCUCCACUUUAACACACGUUUUAUGCAACACAAACGCUAUCCUUCUUGGUCUCUUUCUUACAGAUAGACCUCUUUUGCGAAAUAUUGUAUUCCAAGUUUAUAGCCCUCAGGUUACCAAGAUAAAUAUAUGUAUAUAUAACCUUUAUUAUUUCUUCUGUCUUUCUGGGUAAUACAUUCAGGUGGUGCUGGGUGAUUAUCAUAAUCUGAACCUAGGUAUACUGUCUUCCACAAUCAUGUGAGGUGGGCUCCUUGUUACAAUAAAAAGCCAGGUAUCAUGUAACUUCUCCUCAGCCUUUGUAUUGAGCUCUUGAUAGUGAAUAUGCUCUUUUGAAGUUUAACCACAGUAUAUGAUGAUGAAAAUUUGUUGCCCUCUGGAUUCCCCGAUUUUAUUGUUAAGAAGACCAGAGAUAAUAAUGCCACCAACCCUGGCUUAGUUCGGGCACAUUGUGAACUAUGUGUCAAGACAGCCUCAAAGCUCGCUCAGUGCAUAGAGUCUAGGCUUUGUGUUAAAAUCAGACUGAGCAAAACUUAAUCUGCCAAGAAGGCAACUUCCAAAUCCUGGGGACUCAGCAGCAAGCAUUGUAAUUUAACCCCUAAUGAUUCCCCCUGGGUUUUGGGGGGAGGGGUUGUUGUUUUGGGGGUUUUUUGGUUUAAAUCAAGGCUAAGGCUGGUGAACAGUAACUACACACCCAUAUUGUGUGUUCUGUGAAUGCUAGCUCUCUUGAAUUUGGAUAUUGGUUAUUUUUAUAGAGUGUAAACCAAGUUUUAUAUUCUACAGUGCAAACAGGUACCUGUUUCUAAAUAAAACUGUUUACAUUC